UCAAAGUAGACCUGCGCUUCUUGUCUAGUGUUUCUGUUGAGUGUGAAACAAACUCACUGAAAAUGACGACAGAACCCUCUUUAGAAUUCAAAUUGGACGAAGAUUUUCUCUUCAUUCUUAAUUUUGCCCGCAGCAGCAUGCAUUUGUUCCAACACAGACCCAUUGAACAAGGGCUGAUAGAGCUGUGGUUCGAGAAGUUGUGUCUUGAAAUCCACCGCGGAAUCGACGCCAAGCGAAUGCGCAACCUCUAUUUAGUCAAGUUGGUAAACUGUGUGCAGUCUGGGAUCUUGGCCGAUCCCUUUUUAACCAAGCCCCCGACAGGAUCACUUGAGCCUUUGCCGCAAACGAUCGCCCCGUCAAAUCUAGAUGAACCACCAUGGAUAAAAGACUUCGAGGCGGAAUCCUCGACCUUGCCGACGGGAAGCGGAACGAAGGAUUUCUGCAGCUAUCUUUGCACAAAACAGUUGGAUGACGGAAAAGGACUCUGUGCGUAUCUGGCUGUAUCCGUGGCAGACGAAGGGGAAAUGCCCCGCUGGUUCGAAAUGGGCUCGGGAAGGCCUGUGCUGUUGUCCGAGAUGGAUGAGGAAAUCGAAGCCGCCUUUCAAGAUUUUAUGGGACACGUAGAAGAGGCAGGGAUAUUGGAAGAGAGUGGCGGCCUCAGCGAAUUCAGCGAGCAACUGCUGGACAACAUUAGACGAGAAUUAGCUGGACAAGCGACAGCCGGAGAAGAUGUGCAUCUGGACAAUUUACUAUUGGAGCUUGAGGCUUACAUGGCUAACAAGUCAUUGGGUCGAGAGUUGGAAACUUACAAUCAUGAGCAGCGGAGGGCGUUUCUGUUGGGCUACUUGGAGAAGAAACUGCAUUUGCAGAUGGAAGAGAGAGGAUAUGUUCACUGAUAUUUGAGGUAAAAAUAGUAAAGGUAGUUUAUUUGCAAUAUUAUAAUAAAAUUCUUGUGACGAAUUUACCAAAACAA